UAAAGGGUGUCAUUGUUAGCAAAGAAGAUAAUGAUAGUGUCUAGGUGUCCCUGUAUGGUGUGAGAGGGGAAUGAAAGUCGAAAAAAAACUUAAAGGCCUCAGGUUGGGAGAGUUAAGAGCGAAGGAGAGAGCACAAGGGGAAGGUGAUUUCCAGCUCAAGAAGCCCUCGAAGAUGAUCAGCAGAGCAGUCGUGGGAACAGUUCGGAGGAUAUCAACAACACCAUCAUUCCAUAACAGAAGAGCCGAACCAUUACAUAAAAUGGCUUCCAAUGGACAAGUUGAAUCGGCUAUAAAGAAAAAACUGGUUGAGGCUUUUAAACCCGUGCAUUUGCAGAUCGUUAAUGAGUCCUUUAUGCACAAUGUCCCUCCUGGCUCGGAAACACAUUUCAAGGUCCUUGUUGUUUCUCCAACUUUCGAGAAUGUCCCUCUCAUCAAGCGCCACCGCCUUGUGAACGCAGCUCUAAGUGAAGAGUUAGCAACAGGAGUUCAUGCUCUUUCCAUUGUGGCACGCACUCCAGACCAGUGGGAAAAAAGCUCUCAAGAGAUAGAACGAAGUCCUGCUUGUCGUGGUGGUUUUGGGAAAUGAAGCCGACUCUUGAAACUAUAAAAGCCAGAAAAGUAAGACUGAAGUAGGUUCCAGUGGCAUGGAAGAUGUGAUAAAUGAGAAUUGGUUAAACUAUGCAGAAGUAAGGUCACCAUUACCUUGUGCUUGAAAAGACUUACAAGGUAUUGAUUAGAAACUAUGCAUUAAACACUCCAGAGGAGGCACUAUACCAUGAAUGUAAUCAAUUUAUCUGAAUUUUGUUAUGAUUGAUUAUAAGCUGUGAUCUAUACUGAUGUAUAUACAAAGUACAGGUAGUGAAGGUUAAUAUUUUAAGGCAGCUAAAGGACAGAAUUCAUAUCGACACUGUAUAGUGUUGUAUUUUGUUGUUGUGACUUCUAAGCUUUCAGCAUUCAUUGAUUGGAUCUGUGAAAUGUUGAGACUUUCAAAACUGUUAAAUCUGGGAAAUAUUUGCAACUUGAAUAUGAAUUUGGGAUGUAUUUUAUUUUGUAUUCAAACAUAAAUAAAGAGAUACAUCUUUA